AGAGAGAGAGGAGUCAGGAAGACAGCAUCCAAGGUGAGGCGUCACAUCCACGGACAGUGACAGAGCCCUUGUCCCUUGGCCUCUUCCCCAGGACUACUGUGUCUGGUCAGCGCUAAGGUCACCGUUCGCUGGUGCGUGACACCAGAAAGACUGACUAAAUGUCGCAAGUUCAAGGAGAGGAUGAUGGAGUGGGCCAGUCUGCAUGUCACCUGCUCCAGGAGGUUAUCCUACUACCACUGUUUCCAGGCCAUUGACGAAAACAAGGCCGACGCCAUGCUUAUCGAGCACAGCCUGCUGUUUGACGCGCUGCAGCACGGAUACAGGCUGCGGCCUCUCGUGGCUGAAGUCUAUGGGACCAAAGAGCAGCCGAGGACCCACUACUAUGCCGUGGCUCUUGCCAGGAAGGGUAGCAAAUUCCAGAUGAACCAACUUCGUGGCCUGAGGUCCUGCCACACCGGCUUCAACACAUACUCCGGCUGGACCAGGCCCAUCAAUGUGCUACAGCCGUACUUGAACUGGACAGGGAAGCCCGAGACACUUGAGAGCACUGUGAGCAAAUUCUUUUCUGCCAGCUGCGUGCCCUGCGUGGAUGAGAAGAAGUUUCCCACCUUGUGCAGUCUGUGUGUGGGGAAAGGCCCCAAGAAAUGUGUUUGCUCCACAAGGGAGCCUUACUUUGGCUUCCAGGGUGCCUUCAAGUGUCUGAAGAAUGAAGACGGAGACGUGGCCUUUGUCAGGGACACCACUGUCUUUGAUGCACUGCCAAAUCAGGCCAAUAGGGCUGAGUAUGAGCUGCUCUGUCCAGACAACACCCGGAAGUCGGUGGACAAGUUCAGAGACUGCAACCUUGGCAGGGCCCCUGCUUUUGUGGUGGUGGGUCGGACUGUGAACGGCAAGGAAGACCUGAUCUGGGAGCUUCUCCAACGGGCACAGGAAAGCAACCUAUACAAGACCGUAGACUCAGAAGGCAGGUUGAAGGAACUGCUCUUCACCAAGUCUGCCAUUGGGUUCAUGAAGAUCCCCCAGAAGGUCGACAUUGGCCUGUACCUCAGCUUUGGCUACCUGGAUGACAUCAGGAGCCUGACGCUAGAGCCUUUGGAGCUGCAGCAAUGGCAGAAUCGGAUCAUGUGGUGUGCGGUGGGCGACGCUGAGAUGAGCAAGUGCGAGAAGUGGAGCAAAGCCAGCAAAGGCAAAGUGCUGUGUGAAUGGGCCUCCAGCCCCGAGGAGUGCAUCACCAAGCUGAAGAAGGGAGACGCCGAUGCCGUGACGCUGGACGGAGGAUUGGUCCACAUUGCGGGCAAGUGCGGUCUGGUGCCUGUCCUGGCGGAGAGCACAAAUCCCCAAAAUGCCCCAGAUUGUGUUGAAGCACCAGCAGAAGGAUAUUUUAGUGUGGCAGUUGUGAGGAAGUCAGAUCCUGACAUUACCUGGAAAACUCUGAAAGGCACAAAGUCCUGCCACACGGUUGUGGACAGCAGCGAAGGCUGGAACAUCCCCCUGAACCAGCUUCUCAGCAUGACGGGCGAAUGCCAGCUUGGCAGCUUCUUCAAUGAAAGCUGUGUUCCUGGGUCUGACCCCAAAUCUAAUCUCUGUGCGCUGUGCGUCGGAAACAACGCGGGGCAGCACAAGUGUGCCCCCAACAGCGAGGAGAGGUAUUACGGUGACAGUGGUGCGCUCAGGUGCCUGGCUGAGAAAGCUGGAGACAUUGCGUUUGUGACAGACAUCACUGUCUUGCACAACACCAACGGUAGGAACACGGAAGUCUGGGCACAGAAGCUGCUGGCGGAGAACUUUGAGCUGCUGUGUCCUGAUAGCUCCCGGAAGCCUGUGACGGAGGCCGCGAGCUGCCACCUGGGCAGAGCCCCGAGUCACGCUGUUGUGUCUCGGAAGGACAAGGCGGAGCUCCUGGAAAGGGUGCUACUCAAGCAGCUGGCUCAGUUUGGAAAAGGUGGAACCGAUUGCCCCGGCAAAUUUUGCUUGUUCAAGUCUGAAACCAAGAAUCUUCUGUUCAAUGACAACACUAUAUGUCUGGCCAAACUCCAGAACAAGAAAACAUAUGACAAAUUUUUGGGAGCAGAGUACAUCAAGGCUAUCUCUAACAUCAAGAAAUGCUCUUAUUCAGGGCUUCUGGAAGCUUGUGAGUUCCUCAGUAGCUGAACCCCAGAAGACUCCCCAUCUCCCUGGAAGACGCUUCAGAUUUUAGUGCUCCAAACGUUCAUCUAAGGAUGUGCUGGGACCUUCUCCUUCCUGGGCUGAAGCUUGUCUCACUGUUUCUGAAAUUUCCUGCCAUCAUUUAAAACAAAAAAUAAAAUGAGAAGCAAUGUUGAUUACAACACAUUCUCUCUCUCU